UACAUCGAAGCCAUCAGCAACAAGCAAGGGGAGCUGGAAAACUACGUCUCUGAUGGCUACAAGACAGCACUGACGGAAGAGAGGAGACGAUUCUGCUUCCUGGUAGAGAAACAAUGCGCGGUGGCCAAGAGUGCCAUCACCUACCACGCCAAGGGGAAGGAGAUGCUGACGCAGAAGCUGCCGCUGUGGCAGCAAUCCUGCUCGGACCCCAACAAGAUCCCGGACCGCGCCAUACAGCUGAUGCAGCAGAUGGCUGCCAGCAGCAAUGGCACCAUUAUGCCCAGCCCUCUGUCCACAUCCAAGUCCAACCUCAUCAUCUCUGACCCCAUCCCUGGUGCCAAACCUCUCCCUGUCCCCCCGGAGCUGGCACCCUUUGUAGGACGCAUGUCGGCGCAGGAGGCCAUGCCAGUGAUGAAUGGAGUCUCAGGCCCAGACAGCGACGGGUACAACCAUUGGUCUGAGAUGAAGCCAGCACAGCCCAAAUCUUUAUCUCCUCCCCAGCCUCAGAAGCAGCUGAGUGAUUCUUACUCCAAUACACUCCCAGUUCGCAAAAACGUGCCACCAAAAAACAGCUACGCCUCAGCUGAAAACAAGACCCUGCCGCGCUCCAGCUCCAUGGCCGCCGGGCUCGAGAGGAACGGCAGGACGAGGGUGCAGGCCAUUUUCUCUCACGCUGCCGGAGAUAACAGCACUCUCCUGAGCUUCAAGGAGGGUGACCUGAUCACGCUGCUGGUGCCCGAGGCACGGGACGGCUGGCACUACGGGGAGAGCGAGAAGACCAAAAUGAGGGGCUGGUUUCCUUUCUCCUACACACGGGUCCUCGACAACGAUGGCAGUGAGCGGGUCCACACCAGCCUGCAGCAAGGGAAGAGCAGCAGCACUGGUAACCUCCUGGACAAGGAUGACAUUGCCAUCCCUCCGCCCGACUACGGCAUGGCCUCCCAGGCCUUCCCUGCACAAGGCAGCAACACCUUCAAGCAGCGGCCGUACAGUGUGGCCGUGCCAGCCUUCUCCCAGGGUCUCGAUGACUACGGGACCAGGUCUGUCAGCAGGUAA